AUGUAUCCUAGCACCCUCGUGGGUGAUGGUGAUGGAGCAAUGUUCCUCUCCGAUCGACCGCCACGUGCCGGCUAUCGGCGUGAGUUCGAGGAGAUGGAAAACCGCAUCCGGAAGUGCGAAAGACAACGGGCGGAUCUGGAGCGACAGUUUGCCGAGCUGAUGCGCGAAAGAGCCGAAUGUGAACGGACCGCGGUUCGGGCUAUGAAACAGCGGCAAAAACGUAUCCAGGAGGCGGAACGACAGCGAGCCGAACGUAACGAAAGCAUCCUGCGGAUGCUGAAUAAAAUCGACCAACAAGCGGUAUCGCUGGCAGCCAAAACGGAUCGAUUGAAAAUGUUAAAGACGCAAUACGAAAUGUAUCUCAUGCGCACGUGGUCAACGCCUGCCUUGACGUAUCCUGUCUACAAUCCGCCCAUGGUAACCGCGUCUCCCGCCAUGGCAACGCCACUGCCACAUGGUCAACCGUCAUCAAAAUCUGAAUUUGUUCAGUAUCUUUCGGAUCUAACGCAUCAGCAAACGGCUAGCGUUAAUCCUAUUCCACCUCCGAUGGCUCUGAGCAACUACCUCGCUGCACAGCAGAAACCUUACGUUCAACCGGUUUCAUCAUACACUACGAAUCACGAACGUUCCUUCUCAAGAAUGAUGAACGACUGUGGAGCUCCAUUGGAACAGCACACUGCAAGGGAUGGUUCUUCUCAUCUACUCGUGGGAGGAACUAGUGCAAAGAAGUUUGAAAUGUCGAAUGAAGAUUUUAUACGGUACAUCGACAGUGAAGUGCUAAAAGAACCGAUGCCAACGAUUAGCGUCGUUGCUCCUUCUUCGGAAGGAAAUAAGGGGAAAGCAUCGAGUGGAGCUUACUUGGAGGAUGGCGGUUUGAGCGAAGAGGACCCCGUGGUUGACCUAUCGAAUAAACUGGACACACUCAGCAUUUUGCAGGAAGAGGAAAACAAACAAACCGUGCCGAAUGAAUCUACGAAGGAUCAAAGUCACGAGCAUGAUGCUCUGCAACCGGACCCUGUUCAUGAAACUGAAAUCGAUAAACAGCACGCCGUGGAGAAUGCGAAGCACCAGUCACUGCAGAAAGCUAAAGAUAAAGUUGAGGAGGAUGAUGCUGAUAUAAAACAAACGGAACGUGUAGUAGUCGAUGAAACCGUAGCCAAACAAUUGGAGACGCUCGUGCAAAAAGUAAAUGUUAGUCCGGUAGCAAUGAUUGCAGAAGAGAACGCCCAAAGUGAUCCUGCCAGAGAACAUUCCACUCAAUUGUAUGAGACUGAGCAUCAGCCUCAUUUAAGCGACGAAUAUCAGGCGGCUCAUUAUCAACCUGCCCAACACAACGAUGGUCAGCAGUCGACUGAUUAUCAGUACGUUGAAUCCGAUGGCCAGCAGGCAGGGUAUCAAAGCGAACAAUUUCUUGAAGGAGGAGUGAUCCCUGAGCAGGCUCAAUAUCAAUACCCCGAAGGUGUCGAUCAGACUUCGAAUGCUUAUCAGCAGCAAGAUUCGUACCUUGGCCAACAAUAUCAGUACGACGGAAGCACGCCGUAUUACGGAGAACAGCAAGGUUACGAGGGUCAGUACUAUGGCGAGGAAUCGCAACAGCAACAACAACAAUACUACACCGAAGAAACUCACGACCAACAACAGCCUCAGCAGGAACAGCAACAUGACCUGCGGGGCGAUCAAACAGUGGAACAAAUGCAGGAGGUCAGACAGACAGUAGACUAUUAUGCGGAUCAUCCGAACGAGCAGAAUUACUACCCCGCACCAGAUGAGCAGUAUAAGACGGCAGUACAGCAUCCUGUGCCGCCGGAACCAAUCGCAAUAGCUGAUGAAUCAGUAGCAGCUCCAUCGAAAGCCACAUCAGACGUUCCGGCGGGCGAUAUUUCGGGCGUCAGCGAUUCCAACGCGUUGAAGGAAAAGCAAGAGAAGCCCCCAAUUGCGGAUGCUGAUCCUGGAUCGGAUGUACCAACGCUUAGCACGGUGAACGAUGAGAGUGAUUUCGAUUUCUCUACUCACGUAAUGUUCUGGUUAGUGCUAUGCUCGUUGAACCUGGUGAUCAUUAUCCCAGCGGUAAGAGCGAACGAUCGGCUAUUGAACGCAACUAUUCCACUGCACUAUGAUCUACACUUAGAAGCUAAAGGAUUCGGACGUGACGAUUACACGUACCGAGGUAAUGUAUCGAUUCGCAUAGCCAUUGUACACGAUACCGAUCAGGUGGUGCUGCAUAACGUCGGCAGCACGUUGAACCGGAUUCAGUUGAUGCGUUAUGCCGACCGUGAAACUAUACCUCACUGGAUACAGGAUACCGACUCACGUGCGAAUGAACAGCUGCACAUUCGCACUAAUCGAACACUGAGCAAGCUGAAUGAUGCAGAGCUUUUGCUCACGAUCACCUUUAACAACACGCUUCGUGAGGAGCGCAAAGGAUUCUUCGUCGCGUUGAAAUUCAACCCCGAAAGGAUGCCAUUGCCAGUAGCAACGACACAUUUUCAGCCCUGUUACGCGAGGUUAGCUUUUCCCUGCUUCGACGAACCAGCCCUCAAAACCACCUUCCAGAUAACGAUCGUCAGCGGUGCCGACUUGCUGGUGGCUUCGAAUACACCGAUUGAGAAAAUUACUCCACUGCCGGGGGAUCUGAAAGAGGUACUAUUCGAGCGUACUGCUCCAAUGCCUACUUAUCUCGUGUCGUUCCUAAUUGCGAACUAUACGGGUGUGCACACCAAGAGUCCUUCGGGAGUGCAAAUCGGUAUAUUGGCGGCACCGGAGGAUCAGGAGCAAAUGAAGUUCAGCCUGAAUGCGACAUCCACCCUGCUUACGAGUUUGGAGCAGUACACGGAGCAAAACCUGGGUCUAGCGAAGUUAGAUCUUGUCGCCAUACCCCAUCUGCCCAAUGCCCUAGAAAGCUGGGGUCUCUUUACGCUUGACGAACAGUUGCUGAUGCUGACCGAAAUGGACCGACCCCAAGCGGAGCGCGUUCCGUCGUUACUCACUAUCAGCCACGAGAUCGCUCAUCAGCUGUUCGGUAAUCUAGUCGGACCGGUGUGGUGGUCGUACUUGUGGCUCAGCGAGGGAUUUGCGGCGUACUUCGAGAUCGUGCUGGGAAACAAGGCUUACCCCGAUCUCGUACCACUUGAGGAGUCGUACAUACAGGGACACACACGAAGGGCUCUGCUGGAGGAUGUGAAAGCAACUCACCCACUAACGAUGGACGAUCUUUCGGGCGAUCCGGUGCAUCUGGAAACGAUCUUCAACACGAUCACAUACAGCAAGGCGGCAACCAUCAUACGCAUGGUUAACUGCUCCAUUGGGGAGGUUGCUUUCAAGCGAGGUGUGUCACAGUACCUCUCGACGCAUCGUUACGGAGCCGUUCAGCCGGAAGAUUUAUAUAGCAGCUUCUCGGAUGAGCUUGAGCGAAUUACACCCGAUCAGCCCACUGUGGAGCAAAUCUUCCGCAGCUGGGCUGACAAACCCGGUUAUCCUCUGGUAUCAGUUGAGCGUCUUAAUGCAUCCUUCGUGCGAUUGCAGCAAAAACGCUUGCAAAGACAACCAGCCCUACCGGACGUCCACUCCCGGUGGUUUAUUCCAAUUACGUACCGCACUAACAGCAGCGGUGCGAAGUUCGAAUAUCAACCCGCAUUUUGGAUGAAGGAAAGCGAUCAGCAGCUGGUUGUUCAGCUCGAGAUGACCCAGGAGGAUGUGCUGAUCGUGAACCCCCGCCAGAUCGGAUUCUAUCGCGUGCAGUACGAUGAAUCUGGUUGGAGGAACAUCAUGACUAACUUCUACUCACUACCGGCGCUCGUGCAAACGGUGUUGCUAGAUAAUGCGUUAGAGCUCGUACGUGUCGGUCACCUUGAGCUCGAAAUGUUCCAAGAGUUGCGACAACUUGCCAAUAUAUCCCAAUCCGAGUCAGGCUCGGAUUCCAUAGCAUCCCGGAGCAUUCAAUAUCUGCGGAUGGCAGUGUUUUCGGAACAUCGGUUAGCAAUCGGUUUUGUCGAAGAAUUUUUUGGAAUCAUCAGGAAGCUUAGGUUAUCACACUUCCGGUUGCAAGGCAUCGAGCAAGUGACCGAGUUGCUAACUCAGACGAUACGCAGCAUAUUGCUUAGGCAAGUAGGCACGGAUGCGGAUUCUCCGCCAAUGCGUUGCCAAGCUACCGUAGAUGAACUGGUGUCAGAGUUGCGCACACUAAACGCUUCUGAACUGGAGCCUUGGAUGGACCGUUUCAACUGCCAAAUCAAACGUUCAAACGAAGACGUGCUGCCCGCGUUCAAGCAGAUUCUACAGGAUAAAACACUCACUGGAGUUCCUCUUUACGAGGUGAUGCUGAAGCUAAUGCAUGCUGACUCUAAGCGAUUUCUGGAGCCCGUAGUUCAAAUUCUCUCCACCGAGAAUCCGGAUGCAACUGCCUCGGAAAACCUGGCUCGACAGCGGUUACUUUCCCGCUUGGUUCGAAAGGUCACUGACCGCGUCCAGGCUGGCGUGCUGCAGAAUCUGCUUGUGAUAAACUCCUCCAUCCUGCCAGGGAACUUCCAGGAGCAGGCCAACUUCAUGAUGACGUCGGCCAUCACCUGGCGUACGGUGUAUGUGCCAAAACUGAGUCGUCUCAUAAACGAACUAAUGUACUGGAGCGUGAAAGCGAACACUCUCGAGUGA